AUGGCAUGUCGAGGUUUAUCGUUGCAACAAAUGCUUGAUUUUAUUGAAGAGCUUGACGAAGCAGGUGAUCAAGAUGAUGUACCAGCUACUAUUUAUAUUGAACCUCCUGUGGAUGGCAAUAUAUCUGGUGAAGAUUAUGCGGAAGACGAAUCUAGGAGAAUACCAGAUAAUGUUUGUCCCGCUCUGCUUAAAAGCGGAUGUGAAAUUGUAAUGGCUAGUGGACGACGUUUACAAAAUUUUGAUGAAGAUGAAAUUGGAGCUCCAAAUAUCGAAGAUUUGCCCGUCGUUAUUGUGGAAAAAGAAUAUAAAAGUAUGGAUUUUAAUUGUCAACCUUCAGCAUCAAAUUGUACAUCACUAGACAGAAAGCGGUUACGUAGAGUGACACCAAAAUCUUCAAAUGUUUCACUGCCACAAAAUGCAAAUUACGAGGAUUGUCGUUAUUUACUACCGCAUCAGCAAUUUGAAAAGUUUUUCGAUGAUGAAUUAUUGGGACACAUUUGCGAACAAAGUGCAAUGUAUGCGAUCGGACAGAAUAGACCUAACCCAAGCAUAACAGUCGGCGAACUUCGAGCAUUUAUUGGCAUAUUGGUCAUUACGGGAUACAAUUACCACGCCAAUUUCAGAAAUUUAUGGAGUCAAGAUGAAGAUAUUCGCAACAGCUUAGUGAGUAACACAAUGCAUCGAAAUGGAUUUCAGGAAAUUUUGCAAAAUCUUCACUUCGAAGACAACUCUAAUGCUUCUUCAAAAAACGGCGACGCCAAUCCCGAUAAAAUGUGGAAAUUGCGACCAUUGACUGAUCAUUUAAAAGCAAAAAUGAUUGAUCAUUUUCAUGCCGAACAAAAUCUAUCCUUUGACGAAAGUAUGAUUUCCUACUCUGGCAGACACGGAUGCGUGUUGCCUCAGUAA